AAUAUUGAAAAAUGGUGUUGGUAUAUGCUGAUGCAAAUGAAAAUAAAUCAUUGUUUAAGUUGUUGAUUCUUUCCAAGUUCCAACAAUUAAAGUUUAUCUUUUAGUCAUAGCAUUUUCAUAGAAUGUUUUUUUAAAGAAGUUUUUCACAGGAUGAAAUCAGAAUUACAAAUACUAGCAAUAAUAACUAACCUCUAAUGUUGAGAGACAUUACUAGUUGAAAUAUAUUAAUUAAUAAUUAUAUUGAUAAUGUCUUGUGUGGUGGCUAUAUAGUGGCAAUAUUUUUUAUUUUUGAAGUUAAUACCAAAUCUAAUUCUACCUAAAAGCCAUUGACUUAGUAAAAUACAUUUGUUAGCAUACUAUCUUGAAUAGGCGUCUGCUAUAACAUUUUCAGUUGAUUUAGUUUUCUUUACUUGUUAAAAGAUUAAAGAUUAUACACUAUGGUUUCUCUUUAAUUAUUUCUUGAUCCUUCUUUGUUAGACUUAUAACAAUUCAAUAUCAGAAAAAUAUUUUGAUUCUAGAUUCAAUUCAAUAUACUUUGAUUCUUCAUUCAAUUCAAUAUCAGAUAAGUCUUUUGAGUAUAAUAUAUGGAACAGCAUCAUAGAGUGUUUCCUCUUCUGGUGCUUCUUCUUUUCCUAGUUGUGAUUGUUGCAUCACAGACAGAUAAUGGAGAUUUUACUGCUCUUUCAUCUUUGGUACAAUCAUGGAAAAACAAACCAUUAAAUUGGGUUGGUAAUGAUCCUUGUGGAAGUGGUUGGGAUGGAAUUCGUUGCACCAAUUCAAGAAUUACCGAAUUGAGACUAGCUGGCUUGAGUUUGGAGGGUCAGCUAUCUUCAGCAAUCCAGUCCUUAUCUGAACUUAAAACGCUGGAUCUUUCAUACAACACUGGCAUGACAGGAACAAUUCCACGAGAAAUUGGAAAUUUGAAAAACCUUGAUUCCUUGGCAUUGGUUAAUUGCGGUUUCUCUGGCCCUAUUCCAGAUACAAUAGGAUCUUUGAAGAAGCUGACAUUUUUGGCACUGAAUUCGAACAAGUUCAAUGGAAAUAUUCCGCGCUCUCUUGGCAAUCUAGCCAACCUUGAUUGGUUAGAUCUUGAUGAUAACGAACUGGAUGGGCCUAUUCCUGUCUCUAAUGAUCAAGGACAAUCGGGUUUGGACAUGCUCCUUAAGGCGCAUCACUUUCAUUUGGGGAACAAUAAACUCUCAGGUCCAAUACCAUCACAACUUUUUAGCUCCAGCAUGAUACUAAAACAUGUGCUUUUCGACCACAAUCAACUAACCGGCAGUAUCCCUAGCACCCUUAGCAGCCUUGUGAGCACAGUGGAAGUGGUGCGCCUUGACAAUAAUCAAUUAAGCGGUACAGUACCUUCCAGCUUGAACAAUCUCGAAAUACUUAGCGAGAUGUAUUUAUCUCACAAUAAACUGAGCGGCUCUCUGCCGGAUCUUACUGGAAUGAAUAAGCUCACCUACGUGGAUAUGAGCGACAAUAGCUUCAACUCUACUGAUAUUCCUUCAUGGGUUACUAGUCUGAAAGAUCUGACGACAGUAAUACUGAAGGACAACCAGCUCAGUGGCACAUUAAAUCUCAGCAAUGGCUUUACAAAAACUCUGCAACUUAUUGAUUUGCAGAAUAAUGACCUGACCGUCCUCGAGUUGGGAAGCCAAGAAUUGGACUUUGACUUGAGACUGGCUCAAAACAGAAUUUGUCUUGAAAAUGGAGUUUCUGAUAAGAGUUACUGCAAAGUUCCCCAAGCCAUUCCCUCAUAUUCAACACUGCCAAAUGGUUGCUCGCCUCCUUCGUGCAGUAACAAUCAGAUUGCCAGCCCUAACUGUAAAUGUGCAUUUCCCUAUAUUGGAAAUCUAUCAUCCAGAGCUUUUAGUGUCUCAAACUAUAGUGACACAAGUUACUACAAGGAUAUUGAGAAAACUCUGUUGGAUACUUUCCGAAAACAAAAUAUUCCGGUGGAUUCAGUUUCUCUUAGUAAUCCUAUCAAGGUUUCAGCUACUGAAAAUUUUCAGUUAACUCUUAGUGUCUUCCCAUCUCAAACCGAUCGUUUCAAUACAACUGGAGUUUCAACUGCUGCUUUUGUUCUUAGCAACCAAAUUUACACGCCUCCAGAUUAUUUCACCCCUUACAUCUUCAUUGGCAGUAGCUAUCAACAUUAUGGAGGAGAACCUAAAGGAUCAAAGUCAUCACAUACCGGGGCUAUAAUUGGUGCCGUAGUUGCUGUAUUGGUCUUUAUAGUACUGGCAAUCCUCAUAGGGUUAUACGUCAUUGGCAAAAAAAGAAGAGCAGGAUCUUCCGAGUUGAACCCUUUUGUAAACUGGGAACAAAACAAGAAUAGUGGAGCUGCUCCUCAGCUGAAAGGAGCGCGAUGGUUUUCAUUUGAUGACAUGAGGAAAUACACCAACAAUUUCGCUGAAGCCAACACUAUCGGAUCAGGAGGCUAUGGACAGGUUUACCAAGGUGCUCUUCCCAAUGGGGAAUUGGUUGCAAUCAAAAGGGCUGGAAAAGAAUCUAUGCAGGGAGCUGUUGAGUUUAAAACUGAGAUUGAACUUCUAUCAAGGGUCCAUCAUAAAAAUCUCGUUAGUCUUGUCGGCUUCUGUUACGAGAAAGGUGAACAAAUGUUGGUCUAUGAGUACGUUCCAAACGGCACUUUAAUGGAUAGUCUUUCAGGAAAAUCUGGGAUAUGGAUGGAUUGGAUAAGGAGGCUCAAAGUUACAUUGGGUGCUGCCAGGGGUCUGACCUAUCUACAUGAACUUGCUGACCCACCAAUCAUACACAGAGACAUAAAAUCAAGCAACAUCCUACUUGAUAAUCACCUCGUCGCAAAAGUUGCUGAUUUUGGUCUCUCGAAACUUCUUACUGAUAGCGAUAGGGGCCAUGUUACUACUCAAGUCAAAGGAACAAUGGGAUACUUGGAUCCUGAAUAUUACAUGACACAACAAUUGACAGAAAAGAGUGAUGUAUAUAGCUUUGGAGUGCUAAUGCUGGAACUAGCAACAUCAAGAAAGCCAAUAGAGCAAGGAAAAUAUAUUGUAAGAGAGGUAAUGAAGGUAAUGGAUACAUCAAAAGAGUUAUACAACCUUCAUUCCAUUCUUGAUCAAAGUCUACUCAAAGCGUCGAGACCAAUAGGUUUAGAAAGGUAUGUAGAGCUGGCAUUGAGGUGUGUCAAAGAAUAUGCAGCUGAGAGACCUUCAAUGGCCGAGGUUGCAAAAGAGAUCGAAAGCAUAAUCGAGCUUGUUGGAGUGAAUCCGGAUUCGGAAUCAGCUCCAACAACAGAAACUUAUGUGGAUGCUGGUGUAGGGGAUGGUAAACAUCCUUAUGUGAAUGAUGAUGAGUUUGAAUAUAGUGGAAUGUUUCCAACAAUAAGGGUAGAUCCUCAAUGAGUUUUUGUAUGUUUUGUUUUGUAAAGUUUUUCACUCUUCAGAUGAAAUCAUUGAAGUCUAGGUGUGUCAAUUUUGGAUUAAUUCACUGUAAAAAAUGAUGAUAUUUCAACAAAAAAUAUCUAUAUUGAUUGGUUUUCAUGGCAUGGAGAGUGUAUUGUUAACAUUAACAAUUGCUUUGCCUUAAGGGAAGAAGAAAAAUGGAUUCCAGAUUGUAAUUUGUACUCUAGUCAUGCAAAUAUUCUUGUGAAUUUUUUAAUUGCUUGUAAUAUAUUUGAGAUUGAAGAUUGAAUUUUCAAAAGAGAGUUUUUUA